AUGUAUGAUAAAAAGGAUUUACCAUUUAUAAUUGAAAUGUCGAUACGAAUAGUUGUCAUGAUAACCUAUAAUUUAGAUUCUCAAGUAGACCUUCGAUUGCGGCGCACAAAAUUGUUUAAGCGUCAGAAUCGCGUUCAGCCAGAGGAAAGAGAAAUUAGAAAACAAAGUUCGGAGCCGAUACCUUCGUCCAUUGCUACAGCACUUUCUUCGCCCACGCUUCAGAAACAUGAAUCAUACCCACAAUAUUUUACAAUUAAGAGACAUCGAUUGAAAGCCGAACACACCGUUGGUUCGCUACACAUACGCACUGUUCUAGACCGUCAACCAUCGACAUCUGCUACUAUCCCGACAUCGCAAUCCGUUACUCUUCCAGUUACAACGUCUACGACCACUUCUUGUGAAACUGUGACUACUGAUUCUAAUGCACAAACCACGCGAGCUAGUCACACACCAGCUGUGCGAUCCGGACCUCCGCUGAGCUGCAACUUUUGCUGGAAUACAGUUGACGAAUGCGGCCGCAUACUCCGUCGUAAAACACAGUACCAUUGCCCAGAAUGCCGAACGAAUUUAUGUAUAGUACCCUGCUUUCAUGAGUACCACGAUGCUGCUGAUCCCGAGGCAGCAAACGCCAGAUGA